AUGACAGUCAAGGCAUUGCGAGCCAUCGCACAGGGCCAAAACGGCCUCGGCGCCUUCAUCUUGCAAUGCAAGAAGUUGGACCUUCAUUACUGCGACUGGGCUGGUAGCUCCAAAGGCAUGAACGGCUUCAUCAAGUCUCUCCUUCCCAAAUUCGCCGCCGCCAACCCCCAAGUCGAGUUCGCCGUCUCUCCCCGACCGGGAAAACACCCUGUCAUCAUAGGGCACUACAUCAACGGCCGGACAAAGCCCAUAUGCGUACGAAAUCUGUCGCCGUACGAAGUACUGCAAAAAUUGGAGCUGCUCCGGGAUGCCAGUGGAGAGAAACUGAAGAAGACGAACAAGGCGGUAACGAGCACGAGACCCAGCGUACGAGGCAUAUGGUCCCCUUAUCACGGCAAGGGCCUGGUUGUGUAA